GAGCUCGGGAGCAUGUACGACUAUUUGGCAAAGAUUAUACUGCUUGGUCCAAGCGGAGCCGGGAAGUCGUGUUUGUUACAUCGAUUCGUGAAGGGAGAGUGGCGUGUUCUCUCUUCUCAGACUAUCGGCGUCGAAUUCUCCUCCAAGAUCGUACAUAUCGGAAAACCGCCUCGGCGAAGGAGAAUAAAGCUGCAACUAUGGGACACCGCUGGCACAGAACGGUUUCGAUCGGUCUCGCGCUCAUAUUAUCGCGGAGCCGCAGGAGCUAUACUUGUCUAUGAUGUCGCAAACUGGCGAAGUUUCGAAGGCGUGGGGACUUUCUUGGAUGAUGCCAGAGCUCUGGCUGGGCCAGAUUUGACCGUAAUCCUCGCGGGAAACAAGAGCGACGUAGUUGAUGGACCACAAGGAGUGGCAGCAGCAGUGAAUCCGUCACUGGGAAGUGUAUAUGGAAGCUAUGGAAACGCAAGCGACGUAGGAGACGCCGAAGACAGCUUACCCCCGCCGACUCCAAGCAGCCAGUCAAGCCGGUCAGGAACAACCUCGCUUGGGCUUUCAAAUCCCGCCACAGUUGCCCCGGAUGGACGCGACGUACCUCAAGACCUGGCCUCCCGAUGGGCUGGGUCGCAUGGAAUUCCCGUUGCUGUUGAGGUUUCCGCACUCAACGGAGACAAAGUAAACGAGCUUUUUGAAAGACUAGCCAGCAUGAUCUUGACCAAAAUCGAACUAGGGGAGAUCGACCCCGACGACCCCAACAGUGGCAUUCAGUAUGGCGACAUUGGUGGGUGGGGAUACACUGACGAUGCAAAUGGAAGUGUGAGGAGCGGUGAAGAAGGA